AUGCGGCAACCGUUGCAACGCGCCUUUGCUAGCCUCGCCCGGACCCCCGUCAAGCAACUGCAGCAGCCGCGGCCAAGGAUGCACCUCAUCUUCGACUUUGACGGCACCAUCACGCGGCGCGACACCAUAGGUGAGCUCGCCCGCUCGGCCAUUGCUCGGCAGCAGUCCCACGGCGGCGGCGGCGGCGGCGGUCUCGAGGCCGCGUGGGAGCAAGCCGUGCGAGACUACGGCGCAGACUACAGCGCGUACCGGCAAGAGUACCGGCCCGCAGAGGCGCAGAGGCGGAGCGCGACGGACGAGGUGCGCUACCUGGCGGGGCUGAAGAGCGUCGAGGAGGCGUCGCUGGACCGGGUCGGGCGGUCAGGCGUCUUUGCCGGACUCGGGGCGGACCAGCUGUUCUGUAUGGGCGUCGAGGCGGUCGAGGCCCGGCGUGUCGCUGUGCGGGAUGGCUUCGCCGACCUGGUCGAGCUGGCGGCCCGCCGGGGCUGGCGAGUCGACGUGGUGUCGGUCAACUGGUCCGGCGCCUUUAUCCGCGGAGUCAUACACCCGCACCGACUGGCCGUGACGGCCAACGAGAUCUCCCCUGACGGGCACAUCCGGGGACCCGGCGGGCCUCUUGGCGCCGACCGCAUCACCACUUCACCGGACAAGUUGCGGGCCGUACAUCAUCUCAUCGAGGCAGCCGCCGCCGAUGACAACAACAGCAACACCAACAGGGUCCUCUACUUUGGCGACUCGGCGACGGACAUGGAGUGCCUCCUCCACGAGGACGGCGUCGUCGUGGCAGACGGACGGGACUCGGCCUUGAUGCAGGUGCUGGGGCGCAUCGGCGUCGAGGUCCCUCACAUUGGGGAGCUGCCGCCGCACAGCCGCAAUGAUGGCGUCGUCCUCAGCUGGGCGAGCGACUUUCGAGAGGUCCUGGACAGCGGCAUCCUCGAGUGA